AUUUGUUAUGGUGCGAAAAUAUUGACGAUGUUAAUCGCAAAGAAUGGCAGUUGAUACAACGAUUGCAUAGUAGCUUUGAAAGUUGGCAGUCAACUUCUAUUCAAGCUAAUGGGUAUGGUAAAAGUACAAUGAUCACUCAAGUUUCAAAUCCUUGGUUGAUAUGCAUCGGCAAUGGAACUAACUGGUCCGACUGGGUCAAAACUAAAGAGAUUUACAUGGGCACCCAAUUCCCAAGCUG